GGACUAAAUAAACCCUACUGAAGCUCUGAAAAAUCCCUCGUUCUUGUGAGGAAAAAGAAAACAACAUUGGAAGAAGAAGAAGAAGAUUACGAUGGCAGGAACUUUGCUAGGGAUGCCAGGUCCAUGGGCGGAGGAUUAUCGCGAACCAUCUGAUCCCUAUACAACUAAAAUUGGAGGACUCCCUGACUGGCCCCUCCCCAUAAACGCCGAUUUGCUACGGUGCGCCUUGUGCGCCGGCCAACUCUGCCUGGUGGCGCAGGUUUACGCUCCCCUUUCUCAACACCGCACCCUCUUCGUUCUCGGUUGCAUCUCGCCCGAAUGUGGAACCGUUUGCCGCGUUCUUCGAGUUCAGAACAUUGCUGACUUGGACUCCUCUCAACGAAAACAACCUGCGUCCGAUGGUGAAGUUCCGUGUGCCAACGUGUCGGAUGACGAAGACGUAGGUGACAUGGAUUUUGAACAACUGGGUAAGGCUCUCUUUGAAGCCGGGACUGCGGCUUCCAAUACCAAGCGCAAGAAGCCGCGGAAAAAACGACAGAACAAGGCCCCUUCAUCUUCUCUACAUCCAAAACCGACAGCUUUGGUUCAAAAUGACGUGCCUGGUGAUUUGGUGCCCUGUUUUUAUAUAUACGCACAGGAAGAGUCUUCCUCUCUGGAUCUUAGUGCUAUAUGUUCUAGCUACUCGUCGCUUUCUCUUAAGGAGGCUGGAAGUGAUGUUGAGGAUCCUUCACAACCGGAAGAAGCCUGGGAAAAGGAGCAUUAUGAGUAUGAUAAAGCUUUGACUGCUGAUAGAACUUACCUCAAGUUCAAGAAACGAUUGGAUGCAUAUCCUGAACAAUGUUUUAGAUAUUCGUAUGGUGGGAGGCCAAUUUUAGCUGCAGUCGAUGAAAUAAACCCUGGCAAUUGCAGACUAUGUGGCAGACCAAGGCAAUUUGAGAUGCAGCUGAUGCCUCCAUUACUAUACUUUCUACAGGAAGCUCUUGGUGAACGAAGACAUUUGGUGGAAAAGUGGGAUUGGAUGACCCUUAUUGUAUAUACUUGUUCAGAGAGCUGUUCUGUAGAGAUUGAACAAGCAAAGUCCAAUAUGGGAUGGAUUAUAGCAGAGGAGGCAGUUGUAGCUCAAUGUGAAGCAUCCAUGCCCGUUCAGCCUGGCUUUUUCUCAUGAUCACUGGCGUUGGAAUAAACAACGCAAUACAUUUCAUGCUUACAGAAAAUAUUGACGUUUUUCAGAACCGAUAUAUUAUUUUGAGUGUUAAGAAAGUUAUAGGUUGAUCAAGAAAAGGAAUUUAAAGAGUAUGUUACUUAGUUCUGGAGUUGUAUUUACAAUGAAGAUUUGGUGAGGUGAACUUCUGCCCUGCUACACAUACCACUCCUGCCUUGAGCUCGGGAGCAACAAGAUGAGUGUUGCAUUCGCUGCAUUCGCUAUCUUUUUUUCUUUUUCUUUUUAAUUUGUUUGAGUUUGAGGAAUGGCUUCCCUCGGUCACAAAUCGAAAUUUGUAAAUUCAGUGUCUGAUUCGUUUGAAUUUGUAAAUUGGACAUGGCCAUAUGUAGUCAAUAUCAUAGCUGUUUCACAGAAGAAUUUAAUUAACUCUUGCUAGUAACGAAUUUCUAAUGAAAUUAUUAUCUGAGUUUAUUUUAGAAUCGAAUUUGUUGAUGAUAA